ACGCAGCGGGGCGAUGAUGAGCGUCUUACUACCCAACAUGGCGGACUUUGAUACCAUUUAUGAGUUAGAAGACGAAGAGGAUGAGCACGUAGUGAGCGAGGAGCAUUUGCCAAGAUACUGUCCGGAGCCUGUGAUCAUGCGAGGGGCCGGGCACAUCACUGUGUUUGGUUUAAGCAACAGAUUCGACACAGAAUUUCCCUCCAUUCUCACCGGAAAGGUAGCACCGGAGGAAUUCAAAACCAGCAUUGGCAGGGUGAACGCCUGCUUGAAGAAGAACCUGCCAGUAAAUGUAAAGUGGCUUCUCUGCGGCUGCCUGUGUUGCUGCUGCACAGUAGGCUGCAGUCUGUGGCCCGUUAUCUGCCUCAACAAGAGAACGAGGCGGUCCAUUCAGAAGCUGUUAGAGUGGGAAAAUAACCGGUUAUACCACAAGUUAGAGCUGCACUGGAAGCUCAGCAAGAGAAAAUGUGAAAGCAGCAACAUGAUGGAAUAUGUGAUUCUUAUAGAAUUCCUACCUAAAUACCCCAUACUCCGACCGGACUGAGCAGACUGUUACCAGACCGGAUGGAUGGCCCGAGUCUCAUCCUUAGUGCCUUGUGUGUAUAUAUGUGUGUAUGUAUGAAUGCUAAUAUAUAUAUAUAUAUAUACACACACACAGUAUGUUGGAAAAAGGGUCUUUGUUUUCGUCUUUUGUGACGACCCCGUACAUCUCCCAGUACCUUGAAUAGAACAGCAUCUGCAACACUGUCACUUUGGUUUAGAGCAGAUUUUGCACAUGUUAUCCUUUUUUUUGUUGUUGUUAUUGUUGCACUCUGAUUUUUUUUUUUUGUUAUAAAAAGUAAAAGUCUUUUGAAAAGUGCAUUUACCCCAAAGAACCGUCAACCUGCAUCUGGUGAAGAAGUAAUCACUAGCAGAAGAAUGUGAUGCCUUCCUCCUUCCGUGAUGAUCCUUGCCUUAUGGAUGGUUUAAAAAAAAAAAAAAAAAGGAUGCAUAUACGUAUAUAUACUAGAUGUAAAAUGGAACAGGAAGGAUGUGGGGUAUCCAACAAGUGUCUAACGCACAGCGUUUGUCCCCCCUCUGUCGUCUCUCUCUUUAUAUUAACUCUUUAUACCUGGGAUUUAGCUAGUACAAGAUCUUGACGUGUAAAUACCAUGGUAGAAUAAGCUGUACAGUGGUUUACCAUUGUUUACAUAAAGUUUACUUAGUUGUUUAGAUUUUUUUUGCCAAUAUAUUGCUGUACCAUAGUUUUUAUUAAUGAAAGAUGUCUACGUACUAGUUCAUAUGGACCUGUUUACCUUGUAAGCCAUAUAUAGUUACAUGUAUCUGAUGCCAGAGCUGAGACUGAUUAUUGCACUUGAGCCCAGAGGAGAAUGAUGAUUUUUAACCCUUAAUAUUCAAACAUGCUGUACGUCGGUUGGUGUUUUCUUGCCAAUGAGUGAUAAUCCAGUAUAUAUUUUUUAAUAUUUCAACUAUUAGCGUUAUUUUUGUAGUUUUGUAUUCGUCUGUGCCGUGUUGGGGUCACUUAGGAAGCACUUCAGAACAUGUUGAAGAAAAGCCUCAUUUCAAAAGCUUCAUUUUAGUCACCAUCUUGUGCAAAAGUGUUAUUUUUCAUAAUUUCAGUCCAAACAUUGCAUUUUUAUUAGAGUGCCUCUGGAUUAAUACAGAGCUCAGAUGUUUCAGGUUGAAUCUGUUAUGUACGAAGGAGGCUUGGAGUCCUCCUCCCGGUGUUGUUACAGUUCUUGUAAAUGUUUGUCACCAUGACCUAACUCCUCCGAACAGAGAAAAUAAAUAGUUGAUUUUCAUCUUU